AUGAAUGCCUUAAGUCUCAAUAUCAGGGGAGUGAGCGAAAGUCACAAGGUGGAGUGGAUACGGAAGAUCAAAAUUGGUCACAAGAUUGAUUUCAUUGGAAUUCAAGAAACACAUGUUGCUGAUCCUGGAAAUAUUGACAUAGAGGGAUGCUGGGGAAGUCCGAAUUUUGAGUUUGAACUUGUUGAAUCUCAAGGUAGAUCUGGUGGGCUUCUUAGCAUAUGGGACCCAUUGAUAUUUACAAAGCAUAAUGUUAUCAAGAGUAAGAAUUUUCUUGCGAUCUCGGGACAUUGGAAGGGAUUCUCAGAUACCAUUUCAAUGGUUAAUGUUUAUGGACCUCAAUCCAUCUCAGAUAAACGGGAAGUGUGGGUGGAAAUAUUGUCACUAAAGGAUAUUAUAAAGGGAAGUUGGGUAAUUUUUGGAGAUUUUAGUGCCGUGCGUAAACCGGAAGAAAGACUACGUUCCUCUUUCUGCAAAUAUUCCUCCUCUGAUUUUAAUAAAUUCAUCUGUGAAUUUGGUCUAAAGGAAUUUGCCAUGGGGGGUUGUAAAUUCAUCUAUCUAAGAGAUGAUGGCUCCAAAUUAAGCAAAAUUGAUCAUUUUCUUGUAUGUAAUCAAUUCAUUCAGAUGCAACCUCAUUCAACAGUCACUGCCCUUGCUAAAGAACACUCCGAUCACUCACGUCUUUUUUUAACACACUCGAAGGCCAAUUUUGGAACCCCACCUUUUCGAUUCUACAAUUCUUGGCUGUUAUCGUCCGGUUUUAACGAGGUGUUUGAUAACUCUUGGAGCACUUUAAGGGGUUUUGGUACUCCAGAUAUCUUGCUCAAGGCAAAAAUCAAAUGGGUGAAAAACGCCACUCGCAGUUGA